GCGCCACACCAUGCACAAAACAUCAUAGGCCAUAUAGCAUUUAACAUUAUAAUGUUACUUAGAAAAACAAAAAGCUUCACUCUCACACUAUCUCUCAUCUCAUUCAUUGUGUCUUUCUUUUGCCGUUGGAAGCUUUAAAUGCCUCACUUUAAUGCCUUACUUUAAUGCUCUUCUCUACCCUCUAUCACUAUGCUUCCCUUCCCUCCAUAGUUUCCUUUAUUCAUUAGUAUCUUAUAUAGUCUCUUCCCUCUUUCAGUGUCAAAUCAAAAUUCUUCUUUUGAAUUCCAAAUUCACCUCAAAAUCAUACUCCAUUGUCACUAUUUCAUACAUAUAUCUAUAUGGAUCCUUCACUCUUAGCAGUUCCUACCGUUUUGCUGUUUUGUGUCCACAAACUGUUUGUAAUUCUUCCUCUAUGAACAUAAUUUGUGUCAUUCUCAUUUCUCAACUCUGCUAGCUUUUCUGCAAGACUUCAAAUUCUCUUGGAAGGACUGCAUUUGAAAAAGUCGAAAGUAAAGUGAGUUUAUUGAAGUUGCUUUACUUUGUUCUCUUCUUUUGUUUUUCUCAUCCUCACAUGAUCAUUGUCUAGUCCAAUCCUUUGUUUGCAUUCUUCCCCUUUUUGUUAUAUCCACUGAGAUUUGGAUUCUUGUUAUCUCUAUUCAGUGUCUUUUCCAUCUUUGUUCCUUUCUCUCUCUCACACACAUACAUUACUUUUACUUGCAUUUGAAACUUUCAUAUAUUGAUGUGCAACAAAGUGGUGUUGGUGUUUUUUGGUUCAUAUGUGAUUUGCUUUGUUGGGACCCUCCAACUUCUCUUUCCAAUUCAAGCAGCUAUGAAAUGACAUUGUUCUUGUUAGAGGAUAUCUUUCUGCAAAUUCAUGAUGCAAGUGCUGUUAUUCUUCCUGUCCCAUUUUCUAGUUCUAUUUGGUCAAGUGAUCUCAACAGACACAGUUUUCAAUGAUGAUGUUCUGGGGUUGAUUGUGUUCAAAGCUGCUCUACAAGACCCAAAUGGGAAACUCACUUCUUGGAAUGAAGAUGAUAACAACCCUUGCAACUGGGUUGGUGUGAAAUGUGACCCUUCAACUAAUAGGGUAAAUGCCCUUGUUCUUGAUGGAUUCUCUCUUUCUGGCCACAUUGAUAGAGGCCUAUUGAGAUUGCAGAACCUUCAGAUUUUGUCACUUGCUAGGAACAACUUCACAGGGAGCAUAAACCCUGAUCUUACCAGCCUUGGGAAUUUGCAAGUUCUUGAUUUCAGUGAGAACAAUCUAUAUGGACCAAUCCCAAAUGGUUUUUUCCAACAAUGCUGGUCUCUGAGAUCAGUUUCAUUUGCAAAUAACAACCUUUCAGGUAAAGUUCCCGAGUCUUUGAGUUCAUGCACUUCAUUGGAAACUCUAAACUUUUCCUCUAAUCAGCUACAUGGUGAAUUGCCAUCCGGGAUAUGGUAUCUGAAGGGUCUGCAAUCAUUUGAUUUUUCAAGUAACCUGCUAGAAGGAGAGAUUCCUGAAGGAAUUCAGAAUCUGUAUGAUUUGAAGGAGUUAAGGCUUGGCAAGAACCGACUCUCCGGCCGGCUUCCGGAGGACAUUGGAGGCUGCUUGCUGUUAAAGUUUAUUGAUUUCAGUGAUAAUUUUCUCUCUGGGAAAAUUCCUGAGUCAAUGCAAAGGCUCACCUCAUGCACAUCACUCAGUUUGCAGGGGAAUUCGUUCACCGAUCACAUUCCGGAUUGGAUUGGAGAAUUGAAGAGUUUGGAGAUAUUGGACCUUUCUAACAACAGAUUUUCUGGUUGGAUUCCAAAAUCAAUUGGAAAUGUUGAUUCACUGAGUGUGUUGAAUUUAUCCAGGAAUGAGAUCACUGGGAACAUACCAGAUUCAAUGAUAAACUGCAACAAGCUUUUGGUUCUUGACAUUAGUCACAAUCACAUGGCAGGGAUCCUUCCUUCAUGGAUAUUCAAGAUGGGGUUGCAAAGUAUCUCACUUUCUGAAAACAACUUGAGAAAAUCCAUACCUGUUUCUUAUCAUGGUCUUCAGAUUUUGGAUUUGUCAUCAAAUGCAUUUUCUGGCAAAAUUCCAUUCAGCAUUGGAGGACUCAGUAGCUUGCAAGUGUUGAAUUUGUCAACCAAUAACAUCUCUGGCACUAUUCCAGUAAGCAUAGGAGAACUCAAAUCUUUGUACAUUCUUGACUUGAGUGGGAACAAGCUCAAUGGAAGCAUUCCUAAUGAAAUAGAAGGUGCAGUUUCUCUCAGUGAACUGAGGCUACAAAAGAACUUGUUGAGUGGAAGAAUUCCAAGACAAAUUGAGAAGUGUUCAUCCUUAACAUCCUUGAAUCUUUCACACAACAAGCUUAUUGGUUCAAUCCCUGCACCAAUUGCAAAUCUAACCAAUCUUCAGUAUUUAGAUUUGUCAUGGAAUGAACUCUCUGGAAGCUUACCAAAGGAGCUAACAAAUCUUUCCCAAAUUUCAUCAUUCAAUGUUUCUCACAAUCAUCUUCAAGGAGAGUUACCAGUUGGUGGUUUCUUUGAUACCAUAUCUCCCUCUUCUAUCUCUGGUAAUCCAUUGUUAUGUGGUUCUGUCUUCAAUCACUCCUGCACCAUUGACCAUCAAAAACCAAUUGUCCUGAAUCCGAAUUCUUCUUACUCCAACUCAGGAGCAUCCUCACAAAACCGCCAUCAUAAAAUCAUCCUCAGUAUAUCUGCACUUAUAGCUAUUGGUGCAGCUGUUUUCAUUGCCAUUGGUGUGGUGGUAGUUACUGUUCUAAACAUCCAUGUGAGGUCCUCAACUUCGCAUUCACCGGCUCAAUUUGCAUUAUCCGGUGGUGGCGACGAAGACUAUAGUGGUUCGCCCGUGAAGGAUCCAAACUAUGGCAAGCUAGUUAUGUUUUCCGGCCAUGCAGAGUUUGCUGAUGGGGCUAAUAAUCUUCUAAACAAAGACAGCGAAAUCGGCCGUGGUGGAUUCGGAGUUGUUUAUUGCACUGUCCUUCGCGACGGCCGUUCUGUUGCAAUCAAGAAGCUUACAAUCUCUGGUUUGAUAAAGUCACAAGAAGAUUUUGAGAAGGAAGUUAAGAUUCUAGGGGAGAUCAAGCACCAGAAUCUUGUAGCACUUGAAGGUUAUUAUUGGACUUCAUCAUUGCAGCUUCUUAUUUAUGAGUAUUUAUCCAGAGGGAGUUUGCAUAAGCUUCUACAUGAUGAAAAUAGCAAGAAAGUUGUGCUUUCUUGGCAACAAAGAUUCAAGAUUAUUCUUGGCAUGGCAAGAGGUUUGGCCUAUUUGCACAAACUCAACAUGAUCCACUACAAUCUAAAAUCAAACAAUGUUCUAAUAGAUUGUUCUUAUGAGCCUAGAAUUGGAGACUUUGGCCUUGUGAGGCUAUUGCCAAUGCUGGAUCAUUAUGUCUUGAGCAGCAAGAUACAGAGUGCACUUGGAUACAUGGCUCCGGAAUUCGCCUGCCGGACGGUUAGGAUCACGGAGAAGUGCGACGUGUACGGCUUCGGAGUCCUUGUUCUUGAGGUGGUGACAGGGAGAAAGCCUGUGGAGUACAUGGAGGAUGAUGUGGUUGUGCUUUGUGACAUGGUGAGAGGUGCAUUGGAAGGAGACAAGUUAGAGCAGUGUGUUGAUGAGAGGCUUUUUGGUAAUUUUGCAGCAGAGGAAGCAGUUCCUCUGUUGAAAUUAGGGUUGGUUUGUGCUUCACAAGUUCCAUCAAACCGUCCAGAUAUGGCUGAGGUUGUCAACAUUCUUGAAAUGAUCCAAUGCCCUUCAGAAGGACAAGAAGAAAUACAAAUAAGUUCUUGAAAAUUAGUGUUUUUUGUACUCGUUUUAUUUUUCGCACAUUGAACCGAUUUAUUCUCUUUUACUCACCUGGUGUUCAGGUGACGAGAGAGUGAGUCGGUUCAUUGUACGAAAAAAUAGAAUGAGUAUAGAAAACAUUUAUCGUUUUAAGUCAUAAAGAUUGGGAAACAACAUAUAGUACUUGCUUCAAAGCUGCUAUACAAUGCAAGGAAUAUUCAUAGCAAUGUUUGUUCUGUUUAAAUGAAGCAUAUGGAAAUAUUUAAAUCCAAACAAGUUAUGAGUCAAUUCCUUUGCCAACCUUUUUGUUUGUUCUUUCAGCCGUUGUUGUCAUAUUAUGCAAGUUUAACAAGUUUUCUUGUUGAUUUUUAUUUUAUUUUUUAUUUAAUUUUAAAAUGUUUAUGUUGAUAUCAGUGUUUUGAUU